UUGGGCCAGAGCGCAGCCCAGCCCCACUGCCCAGAACCGGCGUGACCGAGGGUGACCGAGGCAGGUGCUGUUGUGGGCCAGAUGUGGCAGGGCGCAGCCCGGGCCCUACGCAGGGUAUGGCGGGCCCCGGGAAGGCCCUGCAGCAGCGGCUGCGGCGACACGACCUCAGCGCCACGGACCGCCCCCACCUGCUGGAGCUGCGGCAGCCAGGGGGUGCCCGCGGGCGGAGAUCCGCUCUUCUGUCCCUCCUGCCGUGCGCUGCAGCCGCCCAGCCCCGAGUCAGACUUCUUCCGCCUCAUGGACUGCGACCAGUCCUUCACAGUGGAUGUCCCGAAUCUGAAGCGUCGGUACCAGCACCUCCAGCGCCUGGUCCACCCUGAUAAUUUCAGCCAGAAGUCACAGACUGAAAGGGACUACUCAGAACAGCAUUCCACGCUGGUGAAUGAGGCCUACAAGACCCUGCUGACCCCGAUGAGCCGCGGCUUAUAUCUGCUGAAGCUUAAGGGCAUGGAGAUCUCCGAAGGCACAGACACCAACAUGGACCUAGAGUUUCUUGGAAAGAUGAUGGAGGUCAACGAGAGGCUCAGCGCAGCUCAAAGUGAGGUGGAAACCGACAAGAUCGAAGCCUUUGUCAGAGAUGAGGAGAAAGAAUUGACUGAAGAUUUGGACCACGCUUUCAAACAAGGUGAUCUUCAGAAAGCCAAGGAACUUUUAAAAAAAAUGAAAUACAUUUUAAAUUUAGAUGAAAAAGUAAAACGAAAGAAGACCUUAUCCUAGCUGGAGAUGGAUGACAACUUUAUACUGUCUUUGUUUCCAUUAAAUUCCUGUGUAGAGCCUUUUCUUUA